AUGUCCGACUGCUCGCACCUCGCGGUUCCGAUGUUGAUGACGGGCCCCUACCCAACCGCCAUGGGGGGUUCUCCGGGCAUGGUGGCGCCAAACGUGCCGAACUUUGCCCUGAUGGGAACGGCGUGUCCUCCCAGGCCGCCGUACGGUCACCCAGCAGUGAGGAGAGCGUUCACUGUGACGAACGGGACGGAGGCCGCUGCGGCAAUGUUGAUGGCCGCGCCCCUCACACCUGUCGUGCCUUCUUCUCCGCCCCCCAAAAGGCAUCAUGGGAGCACAGAGACAAACCUGCUACUGCCGGUGCCAGCCUCGGUCAGCAGCAGCAACCACAGGAAGCCAGAUGUGACAGUGAAAAGUGACAACAAGGACAAGCAGGAAAACCUCAUGUCCAAGACAGAGACUGUGGACAAGAAAGAGGAGCAGCAGAAGAAAGACAACAUCAUGGAGAAGAACCAGAAGAUCCUGAAGGAGGAGGAGAAACUCAACACGGACAAAAACAACAAAGUCAGCGAGAAAGCCGAGAAAGUGGACAAACCCGAGAAGACCGACAAGGACGAGAAGAAAGAUGUGAAGAAGGAGGUGAAGAAGGAGGACACAGCAGCGCAGGUGAAGAAAGAGGAGAAGGCAAAAGUGCCGGCCAAGUCUCCCACUGGGACCAAGGCUGCACCUGGAGCUGACAAGACCAAGCCUGAUGCGGACACAAGCAAACCAAACUCAGCCAAGCCCCGCCCAUCCACACUCUCGUCCAAUAACGAGGCUAACACGACCAAACGUCCCUCCCCCACCGCUGCGUACCGCUCGGCCAAUAAAAAAAGCCCGGUUGCCAAGGCGACCACACCCACCGCCGCUAAGAGACCCGCAGCAGCAUCCGCAAAGGCUGCCAAGACUCCAGAGAGUGAAAAACGUCCAGCCGUGCCAAAAACUACUCCCACUCCUCGCGCCGCGGCCAACAAGAACUCUUCAAACGCUGCAAACAAGAGUGAAAAGGCUGAGAACAAGACGAAUGAUGCUAAGAAACCCAAGACUACAGCUCGUCCUCGUCCCACCCCCACCUCCUCUCCUGCAGCGGCCUCUAACGGCGAAGGCUCCGCCCUGCGCCGCCGGGUCAUCACCAAACCCCCGGUGCCCAAACAGACGCCUCUGGAGAAGAAGCCCCCUGUCCCCCGCGCCCCCCGAACCCCCCGGCCCAUCAACGCUCCCACUCCCGAUCUCAAGAAUGUCCGCUCCAAGAUUGGAUCCACUGACAAUAUGAAAUACCAGCCCGGCGGAGGAAAGGUCUCCUCCACUCCGAACAACAAGACAUCCGACCCCUCCACCCCUGCCAAGGCCAGAGUUCAGAUAGUGCACAAAAAGCUGGACUUCAGCCAUGUCACGUCUCGCUGUGGCUCCAAGGACAAUAUCAAACAUGUCCCUGGAGGUGGCAAUGUGCAGAUCUUGAACAAGAAGGUGGACUUGAGCAAGGUGACCUCCAAGUGUGGCUCCAAGGGCAACAUGAAAUACAAACCAGGUGGCGGUGACGUGAAAAUCGAGUCCCACAAGGUGAACGUUAAGGCCAAAUCUAAAAUUGGAUCUCUGGAUAAUGUGGGAGCGGGCAAUGGACAGGCUAAUGGACACAAGGAUCCGAAGGUGGAGGAGAAAUCGCCUUCACCUCCGAGUGGCACCAAGGAAAACGGUGUGAAAGAACCUCCACCUACUCCUUUUGGGGGGGACGGACUGAGGGACUCCAUCGGCUUAGACAAACACAUUACUCAGACAAACUGA